AGAGAAGAGGCGGAAGAGAAGUGAGCAGACUGACAGGCUGAAAUUUAACUUGACAUUCAGUAAAACUAGACAUAAACUGCUCGCAAACAUGGCCAAGCCGCUGACGGACCAGGACAAGAGGAAGCAGAUCUCGGUUCGAGGUCUGGCCGGGGUGGAGAACGUCUCGGACCUGAAAACUAAUUUCAACAGGCACCUCCACUUCACCCUGGUGAAAGACCGAAAUGUGGCCACCAAACGGGACUACUACUUCGCCCUGGCCAACACGGUCCGGGACUACCUGGUGGGCCGCUGGAUCCGGACGCAGCAGCACUACUACGAGAAAGACCCCAAACGCGUCUACUACCUCUCCCUGGAGUUUUACAUGGGACGCACUCUGCAGAACACAAUGGUCAACCUGGCCUUGGAGAACGCCUGCGAUGAAGCCACGUACCAGCUGGGUCUGGACAUGGAGGAGCUGCAGGACAUCGAGGAAGAUGCUGGUCUUGGCAACGGUGGUCUGGGUCGCCUGGCUGCUUGCUUCCUGGACUCUAUGGCCUCUCUGGGUCUGGCUGCCUACGGAUACGGCAUCCGCUACGAGUUUGGAAUCUUCAAUCAGAAAAUAGUCGACGGCUGGCAGGUGGAGGAAGCUGACGACUGGCUGCGUUACGGGAACCCCUGGGAGAAGGCUCGCCCUGAGUACAUGCGGCCAGUCCACUUCUACGGACGAGUGGAGCAAACAGCUGAGGGAGUGAAGUGGGUCGACACACAGGUGGUUCUGGCUCUUCCUUAUGACACCCCAGUACCCGGCUACAGAAACAACAUCGUCAACACCAUGAGACUGUGGUCUGCUAAGGCCCCCUGUGACUUUAACCUAAAGGACUUCAAUGUUGGCGGCUACAUUCAAGCCGUGCUGGACAGAAACCUGGCUGAGAACAUCUCCAGGGUCCUCUACCCCAACGACAAUUUCUUUGAAGGGAAGGAGCUGCGUCUGAAGCAGGAGUACUUCGUCGUAGCAGCGACUCUUCAGGACAUCAUCCGUCGAUUCAAAGCCUCCAAGUUUGGCUCCACGGAGUUUGUGCGUCUAGACCUUUCUACGCUGCCAGACAAGGUGGCCAUCCAGCUGAACGACACCCAUCCUGCUUUGGCCAUCCCCGAGCUGAUGAGGAUCCUGGUGGACUUGGAGAAUCUCACUUGGGGGAAGGCCUGGGACAUCGUGGUUCGUACCUGUGCCUACACCAACCACACCGUCCUGCCCGAAGCCCUGGAGCGCUGGCCCGUCGACCUCUUCCAGAACCUGCUGCCCCGUCACCUGGAGAUCAUCUACGAGAUCAACAGGAGGCACCUGGAGCGAAUCGCCAAGCUCUACCCUGGAGAUCUUGACCGCCUGCGUCGCAUGUCCCUGAUCGAGGAAGGGGACAGCAAGAAAAUCAACAUGGCCCACCUGUGCAUUGUGGGAUCUCAUGCAGUCAACGGAGUGGCCCGCAUCCACUCGGAAAUCAUCAAAGACACCGUGUUCAAGGAUUUCUACGAAGUAGACCCUGAUAAGUUUCAGAACAAGACCAACGGCAUCACACCCAGGCGCUGGCUGGUCAUGUGCAACCCCGGCCUGGCUGAGGUCAUCGCAGAGAGGAUUGGUGAGGACUACAUCCGUGACCUGGACCAGCUGAAGAACCUUCUGGACUUUGUGGACGAUGACGCCUUCAUUCGGGAUGUUGCCAAAGUCAAACAAGAGAACAAGAUGAAGUUUGCUGCCCACCUCGAAGAGCAGUACAAGGUGAAGAUCAACCCCAACUCCAUGUUUGAUGUCCAGGUGAAGAGGAUCCACGAGUACAAACGGCAGCUGCUCAACUGCCUGCACAUCAUCACGCUGUACAACCGGAUAAAGAAGGAACCUAACAAGUCAUGGACCCCCAGGACCAUCAUGAUCGGAGGAAAGGCGGCUCCAGGUUAUCACACUGCCAAGAUGAUCAUCAAGCUGAUCACAUCAAUUGGAGACAUUGUCAAUAAUGACACCGUGGUGGGAGAUCGCCUCAAAGUCAUCUACCUGGAGAACUAUCGGGUCACUCUGGCUGAAAAGGUCAUCCCUGCAUCUGACCUGUCGGAGCAGAUCUCCACAGCUGGUACUGAGGCCUCUGGCACCGGGAACAUGAAGUUCAUGCUGAAUGGAGCCCUCACCAUUGGCACCAUGGAUGGAGCCAAUGUGGAAAUGGCAGAGGAGGCUGGAGAAGAGAACCUCUUCAUCUUCGGUAUGAGGGUGCCCGACGUGGAUGCUCUCGACAAGAAGGGCUAUGACGCCGCAUCGUACUACAACCGCAUCCCCGAGCUCAAGCAGGCGAUGGACCAGAUAUCUGGAGGGCUCUUCAGCCCCAGCCAGCCUGACCUCUUCAAAGACCUCGUCAACAUGCUGAUGCACCACGACAGGUUCAAGGUGUUUGCAGACUAUGAGGCCUACAUCAAAUGUCAAGAGAGAGUCAGCGCACUCUACAAGGACCCCAAAGAGUGGACCAAGAUGGUGAUUCACAACAUUGCUGGCUGUGGUAAAUUCUCCAGUGACCGCACCAUUUCCCAGUAUGCCAAGGAGAUCUGGGGCAUGGAGCCCAGCUUGGAGAAGAUCGCUGCUCCCGACGAUCCUCGCUAAAAACCAACGCCUGCCUCGUCCCCCUCACUAUAGCUCACCAUGUGGUCCAAGCACUGGAGAAGCCCCCGCCCCCCCUGUAGCUGUUUCACUGUGUACUAUGGCAUUAUUUCUUGACAUUAUUGACCCCUACACAGCCUCUAUUACUUCCAGUUCAUGUUGCAGUAAUAUGUAUCGAAGUGGGCUAAUCCAGAAACUGGAUUCUGGAUUUUCCCUCUGUGCGCCAGCAAUGCAGAUUCUCAGUGCUGGGUUAAAACCUCCACGUCAGCAUUUCAGCUGUUGGCCUAGAUUUAAUCUUUGAAUCAUAGGAAUCGUGAAAACAUUAAAGACAUGUUCCCUUAUUUUGUUAUAGCAUCCACUAGUUUGACAAAGUUUCCAAACUACUGAAGUUUAGAAAUUUGGUCAAAACAUCAAGCAGGAGCUGAGAGAAAAAUCUUUUGAGCGCUAUAACAAAAUCAGAGACAAUAUCUUCAACUUCACAGUGAUUCCAAUGACUGUUCUUCCUGCAUUCCACUUAGACCUCUGAGCCUAUGUGGCUCCCAAAACCCAGCAAACCCGUCGCUUAACCCUAGCACUGUUAUGGUCCAGAACCAGCCUACGUCUUCCAUGGAAGAGAGAGGGGACAGCCUGUGGUUAACGUGCACCGCCGCCUUGUAGCAGCACUGUGACUGGACGGUGUCGGAGGGAAGCCAUGUCUCCAUAUUUACAGCACAUUAACAUUUAAUUAAUGUUUCGUAUUUUAAAAAACUGUCCAAUGGCCCGGUUAGUGUUUCAUGGUGUUCUGUGCAUAUAUCCAUUUAUGUGUGUGUUAUUACCAAUGGGGGUCAGAGGAGCCCUGUGAUGCAGAUGUUCUGACUCAUCAGUUUAGCUGCGAUGUCCUCAGCAUGUUUGUGUCUCAUUCUGCUGUACCCUCUUCAUAAAAGUGACCUGUAUUAGAAGAUAACAAAGCCUUCUCUGCCUAAAAACCCAAAGUGACUGAACUGACUUUAGAAGAUGUGUGUAUUCUGUAGGUUAGUUGUGUAUGUGUGUGUGUUUAGCAUAUGUGAGUCCAUGACGCUGGCUAUCAGCUCGAUCGAUGUACUGUAACAGCAUACUGUCCUGCUCCAGCUACUGUCUGAGUGACUGUGGUGCUGAAGAACUGCUCCCUACACUGAACCUCCCAUUUCACCCUCAGCCAGUGUUUCUCUUUUUUUUUUGUCAAUAAAUGACAAAACUACAUCAA